AUGAUGGCUUGGCGUUUUCGAAAAUGCCUAAAAAACAUAGAUGUACUAAAUUCAAGUGAGAAGCCUGAGAGUAUUACCACCAACGCAGCUUUCUCUCAUGCGCUAGAUACAGGCUUAUCUGGAUCGGAAGACGAACAAGAGUCGGUUAAUGAGUACCGCCGCGGCGGCUACCAUCCAGUGCUAAUAGGUGACAUAUUUCAAAACCGAUUCCGUGUGGUACGUAAAGUCGGAUGGGGCAAUUUUUCCACCGUGUGGCUAUGCAGAGAUUUGAGAGAGGAAGAAUAUGUGGUGUUGAAAGUAGUGAAAAGCGCUCCGCAUUACACAGAGAUUGCAGGUGAUGAAAUACGACUGCUAGAAACGAUCAGAGACUCAGAUCCAACGGACGAGAAGCGCGAACGUUUUGUACGUUUGCUAAAUCAAUUCACGGCGAGAGGAGUAAACGGCGUACACACUUGCCUCGUAUUUGAAGCUCUAGGCUGCAGUCUUUAUAAGCUGAUCGUAAAGAAUAAAUAUCAAGGUUUAGCUAUCGACCAGGUGCGCAACAUUAUUAAGCAAGUUUUAGAGGGAUUGGAUUAUUUGCAUAGAAAAUGCGGUAUAAUACACACAGACAUAAAGCCAGAAAAUAUUUUAUUGGUUAUCGAUAACGCGAUAGAAAUGAAUCAGCAAAUUGAUAAUGAAGUAACGAAUCUGCGUCUUAAAGGAAGCUCCUUACCCGAUUCAUACAUAAGUUCUGUUGAGAAGCAAAGAGUUUCCCUCGCCAUAUGGCCAAUGCAAAAAAGUAUCGAAAAUAACUCAACGUCGUCGGGCUCGUUCAUGGUUUCACGGAUACCGAGAAGUGACGGUUGGGAAACUGCUUCCCCUUUUCCUUCUUCUCCCUCCCUUCUAUCAGGCGAGAGUAUCGAGAGUGGCUGGGAAAGUGAUGUUAGCGGCAAUGUCUCAAAGUCGCCCGGCGGUAGGAUCUGGGGCUAUUUGGACGAAAAAAACUUCGCUGGCAAGUCAGUUGAAGAAGCGAAAAAAGACGGACAAUAUCAAGACAAUCUCGAUGCCAACGACACUACGGAUGCCACGGACAACAAUUUGAAUAACGACGAUAAUGUCAAAGAUGUAAAGACUGUUGUGUUUAUUAAUUCCGAUAAAAUACAAAGUUCUAAUCCAGAUGAAAGCGUCAACGAAAUCAAGAAGCCCACCACCAACGAUCAACGCGGCUAUCAGCGACCUAAAAAGUUCAUGAAAAAAGCACAGUUGGCCUUUCGCCGUAGCGGGUCCAAUACUAACGCUAGCUCUGCUAAAGAACAAACAAUUAAUAGUUCGACUGCGCCAAGAUUCUCCUAUACAGACGCUAUGCAGUCAUUGGUCAAUAACAUGGACCUCAAAGUGAAAAUCGCCGAUCUAGGCAAUGCCUGUUUCGAGAGUCAUCACUUUACCGAAGCUAUACAAACUCGACAGUACCGUUCCGUUGAGGUUCUUUUGGGAAAUGGAUACAGUUACAGCGCUGACAUAUGGAGUACGGCAUGUAUGGCUUUUGAAAUAGCUACCGGGGAUUAUCUAUUCGAUCCGCAUGCAUGCAAGUCUUAUUCCAAAGAUGAACAUCACUUGGCUCUUAUGAUUCAAAUGUUGGGCCCAGUACCUCCAGACUUAAUAUAUCGGGGUAAACAUGGUCUUAACUACUUUAGCAGUUAUGGCAGUUUACGCAGCAAAAUUAAAUUGAAACCCCGGAGUAUGACAGAUUUGUUAAUUGAAAAAUAUAGUUGGCAACCGGAAGAGGCAAAGAAAUUUUCCGAAUUUCUAUUGCCAAUGUUGGAAUACGAUCCCAAUGCACGGGCCACAGCUGCCGAAUGCCUUAAACACCCUUGGAUGGAGUAA